GAGCCGGGGCGGGCGGCAGCGGCGGCGGCGGCGGCGGCGGGGGCAGCGGCAGCCCCGGCGCCGCGGCAAGGACUCGAAGGUCUGAAGCGCGUCGGCGGCGGCGGCGGCAGCGGCAGCGGCAGCGGCGUGGGGGGCGCGGGGCGCGGCGGCCGGAGCCCCGGGCCCGCCAUGGGCCGCUUGGAGCGGGCCGCGCUCCGGCCGCUGGCGCUGCUGCUGCUGCUGCUGAUGCAGCUUCAGCAUCUCGCGGCCGCGGCGGAUCCGCUGCGCGGCGGCCAAGGGCCGAUUAAGGAGUGCCAAGAGCACCAGUUCCGGUGUCGGAACGAGCGCUGCAUCCCCUCGGUGUGGAGAUGCGACGAGGACGACGACUGCUCGGACAACAGCGACGAGGACGACUGCCCUAAGAAGACCUGUGCGGACAGCGACUUCACCUGUGACAACGGCCACUGCAUCCCCGAGCGGUGGAAGUGUGAUGGAGAGGAGGAGUGUCCCGAUGGCUCCGAUGAGUCGGCGGCCACUUGCCCCAGGCAAGUGUGUCCUGCAGAGAAACUGAGCUGUGGACCUACCAGCCACAAGUGUGUGCCUGCCUCCUGGCGCUGUGACGGGGAGAAGGACUGCGAGGGUGGAGCAGAUGAAGCUGGCUGUGCUACCUUGUGCGCCCCGCACGAGUUCCAGUGCAGCAACCGCUCGUGCCUGGCCGCGGUGUUCGUGUGCGACGGCGAUGACGACUGUGGCGACGGUAGCGACGAGCGAGGCUGCGCGGACCCUGCCUGUGGGCCCCGUGAGUUCCGUUGUGGAGGUGUCGGUGGCGCCUGCAUCCCUGAGCGUUGGGUCUGCGACCGCCAGUUCGACUGUGAGGACCACUCGGAUGAGGCGGCCGAGCUCUGUGGUCGAGCCGGCCUGGGGACCACGUCCGCGCCCGCAGCCUGCUCCCCCACUGCCCAGUUUGCCUGCCGCAGUGGCGAGUGCAUACACCUGGGCUGGCGCUGUGACGGCGACCGCGACUGCAAGGACAAGUCAGACGAGGCCGACUGCUCAGUGGUGGGGACCUGCCAUGGGGACGAGUUCCAGUGUGGGGAUGGGACUUGUGUCCUUGUAAUCAAACGCUGCAACCAGGAACAAGACUGUCCAGAUGGGAGUGAUGAAGCUGGCUGCUUACAGGAGUCAACCUGUGAGGGUCCCCACAGAUUUCAGUGUAAGAGUGGCGAGUGCGUGGACAGCAGGAAAGUGUGUGAUGCUCAGAGGGACUGCCGGGACUGGUCGGAUGAGCUUCUGAAAGAGUGUGGGCUGAACGAGUGUCUGCAUAACAAUGGUGGCUGUUCCCACAUCUGCACUGACCUCAAGAUCGGCUUUGAGUGUACCUGUCCAGCGGGCUUCCGGCUUCUGGACCAGAAGACCUGUGGCGACAUUGACGAGUGUGAGGACCCGGAUGCCUGCAGCCAGAUCUGUGUGAAUUACAAGGGAUACUUUAAGUGCGAGUGUCACCCUGGCUAUGAAAUGGACACAUUGACCAAGAACUGCAAGGCUGUGGCUGGGAAGAGCCCGUCCCUAAUCUUCACCAACCGGCACGAGGUGCGGAAGAUAGACCUGGUGAAGCGGGACUACUCACGCCUCAUCCCCAUGCUCAAGAAUGUUGUGUCACUAGAUGUGGAAGUUGCAACCAAUCGCAUCUACUGGUGUGACCUCUCCUACCGCAAAAUCUAUAGUGCCUACAUGGACAAGGCCAGUGACCCGGCAGAGCAAGAGGUACUCAUUGAUGAGCAGCUACACUCUCCAGAAGGCCUGGCCGUGGACUGGGUCCACAAGCACAUCUAUUGGACAGACUCAGGCAAUAAGACCAUCUCAGUGGCCACACUCGAUGGUGGCCGCAGAUGCACUCUCUUCAGCCGUGACCUCAGUGAACCCCGAGCCAUUGCUGUCGAUCCCCUGCGAGGGUUCAUGUACUGGUCUGACUGGGGGUACCAGGCCAAGAUUGAGAAGUCUGGGCUCAAUGGUGUGGACCGGCAAACACUGGUAUCAGACAAUAUUGAAUGGCCCAACGGAAUCACCCUGGAUUUGCUGAAUGAGCGAUUAUACUGGGUGGACUCCAAGCUGCACCAGCUGUCCAGCAUUGACUUCAGUGGAAGCAAUAGAAAGAUGCUGAUUUUCUCCCCUGACUUCCUGAGCCACCCCUUUGGGAUAGCUGUGUUUGAGGACAAGGUGUUCUGGACAGACCUGGAGAAUGAGGCCAUUUUCAGUGCAAAUCGGCUCAAUGGCCUGGAAAUCUCCAUCCUGGCUGAGAACCUCAACAACCCACAUGAUAUUGUCAUCUUCCAUGAACUGAAGCAGCCAAGAGCUGCAGAUGCCUGUGAGCUGAGUGCCCAGCCCAAUGGAGGCUGUGAGUACCUGUGCCUUCCUGCUCCUCAAAUCUCCAGCCACUCUCCCAAGUACACAUGUGCCUGUCCUGACACUAUGUGGCUGGGCCCAGACAUGAAGAGGUGCUAUCGAGCACCUCAAUCUACCUCAACUACGACGUUAGCCUCUACUACAUCAAGGACAGUAGCUGCCACCACAAGAGCCACUGGGACCACCAUCCACAGCCCCACCUACCAGAAUCACAGCACAGAAGCACCAAGCCUGGCAGCUGCAGUCCCAAGCUCAGUUAGUGUCCCCAGGGCUCCCAGCAUCAACCCGUCUACCCCAAGCCCUGCAACCAGCAACCACUCCCAGCACUAUGGGAAUGAAGGCGGCAAAAUGGGCUCGACAGUUACUGCUGCUGUCAUUGGGAUUAUCACGCCCAUAGCCGUAAUAGCUCUCCUAUGUAUGAGCGGCUACCUGAUCUGGAGAAACUGGAAGAGGAAGAACACCAAGAGCAUGAAUUUUGACAACCCAGUCUACAGGAAAACAACAGAAGAAGAAGAUGAAGAUGAGCUCCAUAUAGGGAGGACUGCUCAGAUUGGCCAUGUCUAUCCUGCAGCAAUCAGCAGCUUUGAUCGCCCACUGUGGGCAGAGCCCUGUCUUGGGGAGACCAGAGAACUGGAAGACCCAGCCCCUGCCCUCAAGGAACUUUUUGUCUUGCCGGGGGAACCAAGGUCACAGCUGCACCAACUCCCGAAGAACCCUCUUUCCGAGCUGCCUGUCGUCAAGUGCAAGCGAGUGGCAUUAAGCCUUGAAGAUGAUGGACUGCCCUGAGGAUGGGACCACCCCUUCGUGCCUCAUGGAGUUCAGUCCCAUGCACUACUCUCUCUGGAUGGUGUAUGACUGGAUGGAUGGGUUUCUAUAUAUGGGUCUGUGUGAGUGAGUGUAUGGAUGUGUAACUAUUUUUUUUAAUUUAUGUUGCAGAAAGGUAACCACAAAGUUAUGAUGAACUGCAAACAUCCAAAGGAUGUGAGAGUUUUUAUAUGUAUAAUGUUUUAUACACUUUUUAACUGGUUGCACUACCCAUGAGGAAUUCAUGGAAUGGCUACUGCUGAGUGACUAACCUGAUGUACAUAACCAAACAGGGGCCGAUGGUACAGUACCUUACUCAUCAUUUAAAUACUAUAUUUACAGAGGACGUUUGAUUUGGGGGGCUUUUUUAGGUUUGGGGGUUUUGCUUUUUGUAAAUAAAAUGAUUAUGCUUUGUGGCUAUCCAUCAACAUAAGUAAAAAAGAACAAACACUUCAACUCCCUCCCCCAUUUAGAUUAUUUAUUAACAUAUUUCAAAAAUGAGAUUAGUUCUAUAAAUAAUUUAGAGAAGUGAAAGUAUUUAUUUUUGGUAUGACUGGCCCACCACACAGACUCUGUGUGUGUGUCUAUGUAUGUGUGUGUGUGUGUAAGAGAAAAUCUGUAGAGAAGAGACACACCUCUGGUUAUUGUUCAAAUACAUAAAAAUAAGUUUAUUUUAAAACAGACCACAAGAGGAGGGGUAUCUAGUUUUCAGAGAAACCUUUGGAAAUUUGACUCAGAAAACAGAUACCAAGAUUUAUACAAAUAUGUGGUGAAGAGACAGAUUUUUUCACCUCUGGCUAUUCCUGAGACCCCAGUAAACCAGGAAAAGUCUUUCAGCUCACCUGGACUUUCUUGUCUAUGGCUAAGAUCAGUGUACAGAUAUACCUAGUGCCAGAAGUGUUCAUGAGCUCAAGACAGAACAUACCUAAACCUCAAGUCCUUGUAAAGUUCAGCUCUUUGAGUAAUGUCUUCACUUUCCUUCAGGAUACUGGGAUUGAAUUUAGUAAGUUUCCUCUGAAGCACCCUGAAGGCUGCCAUCCUUGCUUACAGAGCUAAGUGGAGACAUUUUCAGAACAGCCCAAGUUUACUGUAGAGAAUGGCUCAGGCACUGAACCUCUGAAACAUGCUGUGGGUGAGGAUAAGGGUAGUGGAAUAGGUUUUAUUACACCUGUUUGUCCCUUCCCUUCACUCUCUACCAUUUCCUUUAGGUGAGGGAAACAUUUUAAAGAAAUAAGUAGGUUUCUUACCAUCAUCUGAGAAUAGAGAUGAAACUAAUUUUUGGCUUAAGUCAGAAAAAGUGGCUAAACCUGAAGUCAUAUUUGAGGGGAAGUGGCAUACACAAUAGUACAGCAUAUUGGACAUGUAUGUUCAUACAGGAAUUUGGUUUACUGCUUUGUAAAUAAAAGGAAAUACUCUCGUUAUAUGUAUAGAUUUUUUUUUUUUCCAUUAUGGACACCUUCUUUGCUUCUCCUGGGCCUUGGGGCAGGUGGAGAGAAGUACUGUUUUCUAUCUGUGAGAUCUACCAUCAGAAACAUAAUCCUACAGUCACAGAAAUUUGGUUUUCUCGUCCAAAGUAUGGUCUUACCUUCACUCUGCUGUUCUGCCACUUCACUCCCAGUAGACAACCAGGGACACAUACAACAUGGAAGUGUUUGGCUUACAUGGACGCAGAGGACAUAUAGCUAACCUUAACAUACCUGGAACCUGACACCCUUAAGCAAGCGUCUCCCUACUCCAGCCACCCCCAACUCAGUGAUGCUUGGCUGUCUCACCAACUUGAUACCUUUUGAAUUUCCAGGCAGACAAUCUACAGUUCUAUCAUCCUAUUCCUAGGACCUUGCUCUACUAAUGGUCUCCUGUUCUCUAAGAAAACAACUGUUCCAGAGCUUGGGCACUGUUUUACAACUUCCUCAUGAUAUGCUUGUGUUGACAGUCCUGAGAAAUUCAGCUAUGGGAAUAAACGACAAGAAACAAAUGGAGAAAUCUGUGUUGGAUCACAGUAAAUGGCAUGAAAUCUGAGGAGUCAAAUCCACCUCCCUCCUAUCUUUGGAGGCUUUCUGAGCCUUAUUUUAAGGUGCAUUUACAAUUCUGUUGCCUUCGUUCCUGUGCAUAUCUACAGCCAAUAACAGAUCACAGACUCGUUGGAUGACAGAGCUGAAGAAAGCUUAUAGAUAAUGCCAAAAGGGCAGAAAUUUCAUCAGACAAUAUUUCCUUUAUUUUAAAGAAUCCAGCCCAGUCCUUUUCCUCCCUUUCCUUCUCCAGGAGAUAUAUUGAAGUUAUCUUAAACAUUGUAUCAAACUUUUUUCUAUCCUGUAGCUAUCUUUCUAAAGGAUUUAUCAAGGCACUGGCAGAAAUAGCCUUCCAGAAACAGGGAAAACAAAAACUUUAUUUAUUUAUUCUUGAUAGCAUGAUUAUAUAUAAAACAGACUGAAGUAACCUCAACUGGCAAAAAGAGAAUGAGAUGGGAUUUAAAUAUAUGGCAAUAAGGACUACUGAUCCCUUCAGUUAUCUGUAUGUGACUGCAGCAUAUUCAUUCCCUAAAACCAUUCACUAGGUGCCAACUGUAUGCCAGGCACUUCAGAUGUAAAGGUCAAUCAAAUAUUGUAUGUCCUUAUGAAGCUCACAGUAGCUGCAGAGGAAGACAUGUAGAAACAAAAAGGGACUAGAUUCCAAUUUAGAGUACUUUAGGGUAUAAGGAGAGAGGGGUCAUUCUACCUGAGGAGAUGAAGAAUGAUGCAUUCAAGGAGAAGUGACCUUAAGCUAAGUCUCAAAAAUUAAGAAGGGGUGUCCAGAGUGCUUCUGGCAGAGGAAACUGUGCAAGACACAGAGGCAUGAAUCAGCAUGGGGACUUUAAGGAACUGCAUGUAGUUCAUUAUAACUGGAAUAAAAGACUCACCACGACUUAGCAAGAAAUGAGGCUGGAUGGAAAGACAGGUUCAACAUAAGCACUUUAUAAAAUACUUAUAUUUAAUUUCUGAUUUAAUUUAACAUUUCUUGGUCAUAUUGUGAACAAGACACUAAGUACAUCAUGGAAAAUAUAAGAAGCAUCGCCAGCACUUUGCAGACAUGACAUUAUUCAGCCUCGAGUUUUCCAGUGGCCAAAGGGAAAUGUUGACUGCUUUUCCUAAACUUGAGUUAGAGGUUUUUGAUAUGGUUAAUGAAAACUAAUAUAAAGGCAGUGAGAUUUUCAUGGAAGCAUGCUACAUUGUCAAGAGCCUCUUAUAUUUUCUCAACUAUGGAAAGAAAACUAUGGAAGUUUUAAAGAUGUGGAGUCUGGAGGGGGGAUCCCAAGCACUGUACAGUCAGGCACUAGCAGGAAUGGGGAGGGCCAUUCACAUCCCACAGAAAUGCAAACCACCUCCAAAUUGGCCAUGUGCUCAUCACAGAAUAUAAAUGAGUUAGCAGAGUAAUCGUUUCAGAGUAAUUUUCCUUUCCCAUAAAUGCAUGAAGAUAAUAUCAGAGUCUUCUCACGCUAUAUUUUUAGGAUUUGGGGAAAUUACAGGAUAUGAAGAAUUUAGAAGGUGGAGGAAUUAUAGCUUCAAAAUUUUCAGUUAAUAUAAAAAAAAUCAGGAAUCUCUUCAUCAGGCUAUGCACCAUGUGCACAGUCAAGAAACCCUCUGCAUUUGCAAACACUUUGUGCUAUAAAAAUAAUUUUAAAAAAACCACCUGUAUAAAUAUAUAUAUAUAUAUUUAAAGAUAAGGUUUUGAUACUUUUUUAACAAAAACUACAAAAAAAUACCUGUACAAACCAUAUGCUUUUAAAAUAGCAUUUUGUUCUAUACCAAUUGUUAAUUUGAAGGUAAAGGUACUGGUUUGCAAACUCCAUCAUCUUGUAUCUAAGUGGAUUUUCCUUGUUUGUCUCCCUCCAAUUCCCAAAUUACCGUAUUUGAUGUAACAGUCAGGCAUGUUAGAAUGUUUGGUCACACUAACCGUUUUGCUCUUUUUGUCUUAUCAUUUCGAGUUCUGUUACCUUCUGUACUCCAUGCCCUCGACAGUCUAGCUUCUCUUCCAGAGACAGAGGGACUGAAGGUGUGUGCUGCAUCUCACUAGCUGUACUGACAUCAUCUUGGUGAAGUGAGAACCAAAUGUAGACAUUUGUAAAAUCAGUACACUGUUUCUAGAGAGAGAUUAAAUUCAUUUUUAA